AUCUCGCGCAUUUUAUUUGCCCGUUAAACGGAUUGCUUAAUUUCCCGCACAAUAGUACACGACCAAAUAAAACCAAGUCUUGAAUGAUUACCAAACUCUCAUGGCGCCGAUUCAUAAACCAUCAUUUCCCGCGCCUAUCUCAUCCUCUUCUUCGUUCCUUCUCGAAUCAGCAAAACACUCCCUCUGCUCAACAAGCUUCUUACCCGCAACUCUCUCUGAAAUUCUACGAAGCAAUGAAAGAAUGUGUGUCAAUACCCAUCGCUCGAAAACUUCAUGGCCAAUUGAUCUCAGCAGGAUUAGACUGUUCCGUUUUCCUUCAAAACCAUCUUUUGAACAUGUAUUUCAAUUGCGACUUAGUCGAUGACGCUUGUCGGAUUUUCGCUGAGAUGGGGUUUCGCAACGUUUUCAGCUAUAACACGGUCAUCUAUGGGUUGGGUAACGCGGGUCUAAUAGGGGAAGCGAAGAAGUUGUUUGAGGAAAUGCCUGCAAGAGACUCUGUUUCUUGGAACUCUAUGAUGUCCGUUUAUUAUCGAAAUGAGAAACCUGAAGAAACUUUAAAGGUUUUCGUUUCUCUGAUACGAAACUGUACAUGUUUAGCUAACCUUCUGUCCUUCUCCUGUGCUAUGAAGGCUUGUGGUGCUCUUGGUUAUAUCAAAUUGGCUUUUCAGUUGCAUGGGCUUGUGGAGAAAUUUGAUUUUGGAAGUGACACUUCAAUUAAAACAUCCAUUAUGGAUAUGUAUAUUAAGACUGAUGCAGUGAGCUAUGCAGAGCGAGUGUUUUUGAUGAUCCCAAAUCCAAGUUUGUUUUGCUUUAAUAGUAUGAUUUAUGGUUAUUCUAAAUCUUUUGGUGUUGGAAGGGCUCUUGAGAUGUUCAACCAAAUGCCUGAACGAGACAGUGUGUCUUGGAACACAAUUAUUUCUAUCUUGUCUCAGCAUGGAUUUGGGGUUCCAACUCUUGAUAUGUUUGUUCACAUGUGGGCUCAAGGUUUUCGGCCCAAUUCCAUGACAUAUGCUUGUGUUCUUAGUGCUUCUGCGAGCAUUUGUGACCUGGAAUGGGGUACCCAUUUGCAUGCUCGGAUUAUUCGAGUAGAACCCGUCGUUGAUGUUUAUGUCGGUAAUGGUCUGAUUGAUAUGUAUGCAAAAUGUGGACAUUUAGAAUUUUCUAGGCGGGUAUUUAACAGUUUAUCAGAGUAUAAUGCAGUUUCAUGGACUUCUUUGAUUGGUGGAUUUGCAAAGUGUGGCCUUGAAGAAGAAGCAUUACAGCUAUUUAGCCAAAUGAGAGAGGUUCCUGUUGCCCUGGACGAAUUUAUUCUUGCAAUAGUUCUGAAGCUUUGUUCACGUCCGACCUGUAUAUCUGUCGGCAGACAACUUCAUGCAUUCGUAAUGAAGACUGGAAUUGUUUCCUUUGUUCCAGUGGGGAAUGCUCUUAUUACAAUGUACUCAAAAUGCAGUGAUACUCAGAACGCAAAUAAUGUGUUUGAAAUGAUGCCAGUCAGAAAUAUAAUAACGUGGACAUCUAUAAUCACUGCAUUCUCUCAAGUAGGUGAUAUUGAGAAAGCACAGGCUUAUUUUGAUAAAAUGCCUGAACGGAAUGUCAUAACUUGGAACUCCAUCAUAAGCAUGUAUAUGCAACAUGGAUUUUUAGAAUGUGGUCUCAAAUUGUAUGUCCGGAUGCAAAGGGAGUGCAUUAUGCCAGAUGAUAUUAGUUUUGCAACUUCAAUCAGUGCCUGCGCGGAUUUAGCAAGUUUGAAACAUGGAAUCCAAAUUGUAGCUCAAGCUGAAAAGUUAGGGUUUUGUUCUGAUGUUUCGGUUGCAAAUAGUGUUGUUACCAUGUAUUCAAGAUGUGGACAAAUUGAAAAAGCACGAGAAGUUUUUGAUUCCAUAUGUAUGAAAGAUUUGGUUUCUUGGAAUUCCAUAAUGGCUGGAUAUGCCCAGAAUGGUCAAGGUAGGAUGGUGAUAGAGAUUUUUGAGAAUAUGAUCAAGAUGGAAUGUACACCCGAUCAUAUAAGCUACGUAUCUGUUCUAUCAGGUUGUAGUUACGCAGGGCUUGUAACAGAAGGGAAACAUUACUUUCACUCCAUGACUAAGGAUUAUGGCAUCUAUCCGACAAAUGAGCAUUUUGCAUGCAUGGUUGACCUACUUGGCAGGGCUGCGUUGCUAGAGCAGGCUAAAGAUUUGAUUGAUGAAAUGCCUUUUAAGCCAAAUGUUGAUGUUUGGGGAGCUUUACUCAGUGCUUGCAAGAUUCAUUGCAACACGAAAUUGGCAGAAUUUGCAGCGAGGAACUUGCUCGAUUUGGAUGUGGAUAACUGUGGAAGUUAUAUACUUCUAGCACACAUAUAUUCAGAUUGUGGAAAAUUUGAAGGUGUUGCAGAUGUGAGAAAAAAGAUGAGAGAGAAAGGGAUCCAGAAGAAUCCUGGUUGUAGCUGGAUAGAAGUUAAAAACGGGGUACAUGUGUUCACUGCAGAUGAGACUAAUCACCCUCAGAUCAAGGACAUUUAUGCCAUGUUAGACAACAUUUAUAGUGAGAUAGAAGGUACAAGAUGCUAUUUUGCCCCAGUUAGUCCUGUGGGUUCUUGGAGCUAUAGCAACAAGAAGCUUGCAUGGAUCAAUCAACACACCUUUGAGGAUGUGUGGCCAAGUAAUGAAGAAUCUCUGAGCUUUCUAUGAUUAUCAACUGGUAGCCACGUCGAUUUCUUUUACAUCAAGUCAAGUUGUGGUCACGAAAGGAUAUGCAUCUUGUAAUUUCAAGAAAGAUGUUGGUUUUUAUGGAGAUCACUGGUUACGUAAAGGUAUGAAUUAUCUAUUGGUUAUUGACUGUUUCUCUCUGAUCUUUUUCCGUGAAUAUAUGAAUGUUGCAUGCAAUAUUUUUGAUGCCA